CAAUCCCCUCGGCAUAGUCCAACCCACCUACACAUCUCCUUCCUACACAACAACACAAAUCGCCAACCAUGCCAUCAAACAACUUAUACCAAUACUCCGUCCUCUCCGCCCUCAUGAGCGGCGCCGCAUCCUCCGGCGCUCCCCUAUCCCACAUCCUAUCUCACGGCACCCACGGCCUCGGCACCUUCCAGAGCCUACAAGGCGAGCUGAUCAUCCUCGACGGCUCAGCAUACCAGAUCAAGUCUGACGGGUCCGUGACCCCCGACCUCGAAAAAGACGACCCAGAUCGGAUAAUCCCCUUUGCCAUGGUGACGCCCUUCGAACCCACGACCACAUCGACUGUCUCGUUCGGAAGCAAGCAGGAACUGUCUGAGAAGAUAUCGGCACUGCUCCCGAGGACAGCGAACCACUUCCUAGCAUUUAGGGUUGAUGGGGUGUUUGAGGGGGUUAGUGUAAGGACGGUUGGCGGCCAGAUAUCAAGGCACGAGGGGCUCGUCAACGUUGGAAAGCGCCAGACGACAAAGACGUUUCCGUCUAUACGAGGCACGAUUGUAGGGUUUAGGUCGCCGGCGUGGUUCCAAGGUAUCAGCGUCGCGGGGGAUCAUAUGCAUUUGAUUUCUGAGGAUAGGAAGGUUGGGGGACAUUUACAGGAUCUUCGGGCGGGAAUGGAGGGGGUGAGGCUCAGUGCGGCGACGAUUCAUCGCUUCGAUUUGGAGUUGCCGGAGGAGGAUGAUGAUUUUAGAGAUGCGCAGCUUGGUGUGGAUGAUGAGGGGAUUCGGGCGGUUGAGGGAUAG